AUGGCUACGAAGAUAGAUUUCAACGCCCUGAAGGCGCGGACCAUGGGGUCUGGGGCCGAUGAGGAAGCUGUGACAGUCGAUACAAGAGGAUUGAUUUCGAAAGUGCUUGCUCGAUACUCUGGGAAAUGGACGGUCCUACGAGAAAUGAUUCAAAAUGCCGCCGAUGCCUCUGCAACGAAAGUAACCAUCAAGUUUGAGACCCUUCCAUCGACCACUAUACCGUCGCCUUCAUCAAAUGAUUCCACCGCACAUCUGAAACAUACCAUCACCAACCACACUCUUCGACGUGUUUUGAUCUCAAAUAACGGCGCUCCAUUCAGUGAAAAGGAUUGGGCAAGAUUGAAGCGAAUUGCAGACGGAAAUCCAGAUGAAACGAAGAUCGGCGCAUUUGGUGUGGGAUUUUAUAGUGUUUUCGAUGAUUGCGAGGAGCCCUUUGUGUCUUCUGGUAGCCAAGCCAUGGCCUUCUACUGGAAGGGGAAUGCGUUGUUUACCCGCCGACUAGACCUCGGCGAAGUCGCAAGUCAAGACACGACUUUUGUUUUGGACUACCGCAAUGAUUCCUCCCCGGUUCCAUCGUUGUUGCAGCUCUGUCAAUUUUUGUCGAGCAGUUUGACGUUUGUCUCAUUGCAAGAGAUUGAACUUUGGUUGGAUGAUUGGAAACUUCUAGAGCUAUCGAAAAAGACAGCUCCUAGUGUCGAUGUACCGAUUCCGAGAGACAUUGACACUAAGACUGCAGAAGGUUUGAUGAAAAUUGUCACAGUCACCCGAGAAAUUGCGCAGGUUGACGCUUCAUGGAUGCGAAUUGUGGAAUGGAAUCCCAACGCAAGCAUGUUCCGCCUUGACAAUCUUCGGGAUACCACCAGUUCACUGAAGAGUUUCUUCUCUAAGUUCACGCAGGCCACACCUGAGAAACCAUCCAAUGGCCAGAGCCCAGAACCUGAGAGCCAGGAAGACUCGGGCAGCAUGAAUACUAUGCUCUCAGCAUCGGUCUUUUUGCAUAUCAACACGGCAUCGCUCGUACCAUCGAUCAGUAGAGACCUGAGCAAAGAAUUGGAACGAGCCACACGAAAACCUCCACCCAAGAAGGCAACCAUCGCAAUUCUGACUCCGUCUUACGAUGCAAACAUGGCGACUGGAGCGUCCUCAUCGCAGUCAGAGGUUCUUUCAUCAAUCUUACCCUCAAAAGGUGGAAGAGUCUUUAUUGGUUUCCCAACGCAGCAGACGACUGGCUUGAAUGCCCAUGUCUCUGCUCCAUCUGUCAUUCCUACCGUGGAGCGAGAGAGCAUAGAUUUAAACACUCGUUACAUCAGCAAAUGGAAUCUCGAGAUGUUGCGGGCAGUUGGUAUUGUUUGUCGAAUCGCUUGGUCCGCAGAGAUGGCUACAAUUAAAUCGAAACUCGCAUCCAGAGUUGGACCAUCGCGCUCAUCCAAAAUUCGGAAAAAAGACAUUGUGGAUGUACUACCAGAGGCUAUUCAUACUGCAAACCAAUUUGUAUUCCGUGAAUCUACCCCAUCUUCUGUUUUAGGACAGACAAUCGAAGAUGCAUUCUGGAUGUGCAAUAAGAAUGCCUCUAUCGAGGUGCUGUCUACCUGCGGAGUCAUCCCCAGCCAUCAGACGCGCAUCGCACCCAAAGAUCUCAGCUUCAUGGACUCAAUUCCUGCUUUGCCUGAAGAGUUUGUGCAGGGCUGUAAAGACUUUGUCAAAAGGCUUACAGAUUUCGGGUUGGUCACGGAUAUCACAGUAUCAGACAUCAAGCGCGAGUUAGAGUCUAAUACUUUGCGAUCCAAUCAAGUCCUUGAGUUCAUUUCAUGGCUUGGCCGUAAAGCAGUCGCUGGCCAACUUGAUGGGUCUUCGGUCCAAAGUUUACUACGCGUAGCAGUUGCAAACGACGAGGACAAAGAGGGGGUUCCAACUCGUUUAAUUAUCUUUGCGGACAUCAGCACUUUUUUGAACCCUCAGCGCAUUCCAGCGGAAAUGCCCGUACCACCCAACGUGAUACCUUUCAAGUUUACCAAGUCUUUGGGCAAGCAUGAAAUGGAGGCACUUGGCUGGGUCGAGCUGCAAAUCGUUCCUUGGCUUAGAUGGAUCGUCAGCAACUGCGGAAACCGCAAUAUUUUCUCGAAAGAUCAAGAUAUCACGCAGUCGGCAGCUUUUUCGGGCCAGAUAUUGCCCGUUUUGUCAAAACAGUGGGAAAUUAUAAGUCAAUCUUCAAAGCAAAGUGUUAUCGCAAUGCUCCAACCCCAGACUGUGAUCCCCACGAAAUUCGGAAUGAAGCAGCCUGUACAGACAUAUUUUGCUUCCGUGCGCCUUUUUGACGACCUGCCUGUGGUUCAUGGCCUGAAUGGUGUCAAAGAGAAAAUCUUGGUCCAACUUGGAGUUCGCAAAACCGUGGAGCUUGGUGUGAUCUUUGAUCGUCUGAUCAAUACCCCAACCUCUACUGACGUGAAAGGUCCUACGUCCAGGAAAUGGAAUCAUGUUGAUCUCAUCCGAUACCUCGCCUCUGUACAAGAGGACAUCCCAACCAACGAUAUCCAGAGACUCAAGGGGACGAGCAUUUGUACUGCCGAAAGUGGAAGCGGGACUGAUGGCAAACGGUACAAAAUUUCCGAGCUUUAUGAGCCGAAGGAUGCACUCCGAGCUCUCGGGCUACCGAUUAUUGAGUGGCCGGGCAUUUAUAACAACAGCAGCAAUGAGGGUAAAUUCCUCACGAUGAUGGGACUUCAGAGUUACCCAUCAGCCGGUGAACUGGUAAUGCUCAUGUCAGCUGGGAGCAAGGAGAAAGACAGUCGAUCAAGCAAGGCUCUGUCAUAUUUCCUCGUCGAAUAUUACACAAAUGGGUAUGCUUCGUUUGAUAUAAGUGCGGUGACAGUACCAUUCCUUCCCAUUGAAGGAUCUGAUGGCUUAAGCGCCCCGAAGAAGUGCUUUACCGAUGAAGGGGCAGCCUUGUUUGGUUUCAAGCUGCUCAAAAAGAGUCUGCACCCCCAUGCCUCCAGACUGGGAGUCAAGCCUCAUCCUCCCAUGACGGACUGUCUACAGAUUCUCGAGAAGCAGCCCCCGACCACCCAGAGGGAUGCGCGGAUUGUGUUUAAAUACCUGGCCGGCAGACUAUCCGAUCUGAAACAGCAGGAUAUAAACCGUAUUAGCCAAGCUCCUAUCAUCCCAAUCCCCAUCCGCGAUCAAUCAGAAAAGGGAGUCAAACACCGGCUUGUUGCCCCUAGGGUGUGCUAUCUUGGAGAUGGAGAAGACUACAGGGAGAUAUUUGACUUUGUCAAUUUCGGCCAGGAGGCGAAUCUCUUCCUGAUGGCCAUCGGCUCAAAACGAGAACCAAGCAAGAUUGAGAUUGCACGCAUGCUGGUCAAAGAGCCCGCUCGCAUAUCUGCUUCAUUCCAAAGUUCGGAGAAAUACCUCAUGCUUCUUAGGACUCUCGCGGAGCAACUCCCGGUGCUGAAGAAGGAUAAGGAUCUUUUCGUUGAGAUGCGGAGAGCGAAAUUCCUUCUCGCCAGUCGAGACAUCCCGCCCACUGCGUCAAACCAUGGUAGCAAAGAAAAGCCAUAUGUGAAGGAAUUCCACGAUGAGGAAGACAGUAUGGACAUCAAAGAAUGGAGUCUCGCCUCAGCCAGGGAUAUUGUCGUGGUAGACGAUUUCCAGAGUUUCAACCUCUUCAAAGAACACAUCUUUGCCGCCCCGCAAGAAGAGACAUUGGAGGACUUUUACGCUGCUCUUGGGGCUAUAUCUUUAAGCAGUCUUGUUGAACAACAAACCCGGUUUGGCAGCAUCGCCCUCGAUCAGACCCAUGCAUACAAACUAGAGAAGUUGAUCUUAGAACGUGCGCGGCUUUUCUUGCACGAUCAGCCUGCAGACUCUGUUUUACAUGGGGCCCGAUGGUUGGAGAAUUCUUUCAAAGUCCAGGUUGUGACCUCGAUCAGUCUUACGAGAUCGCUGAAGGGGCGCCGGGUGUCACACACACAGAAGCGAAAUGCAAUUGUUGCACAACAGACGGCGGGCUUGGUUUUGUGCAUAUGCCCUGAUCGAUACGACCUAUAUGAGAUCAGCCAGUCCUUGGCGCAUUUGAUUUUGAAGCGACCGAAGCUGCACUCAAUCCUCACAUUGGAAAUGCUGUUGAAGACCGAGCUCUUAGAACUCCGGGCUCGAGGCUACAACGUGGAACGUAUUCUAAGGCAAAAAGCCCAAGAAGCUCGAGUCGCGGAAGAUAAGCGCCAAAGACAGGUCGAGGAAGAGAGGCGUAUCUUGCAGGAGAGAGAAGCUGCCUGGGCGGCGGGUCAAGCCCAGCGUGACUCUCAGCAGGCUGAGGAAGAGAGGGCCGAAGCACAGGCGCAGAAUUCGAUGCCUGGCGUUUUCCCCGAGUCGCCGAAAAACAAGAGCUCAGAAGAAGCACAUGCCGUCCCCCCAGAGCCAGUGCCAAUGCCGCCGCGGCCCAAAGGAAGCAUGUUUGUAAAUCUGGCAAAACGGUUUAACUUGAGUGGUGGAAAGUCUGGCUCGGACUCUAGCACUGAAGAACAAUCCCGGUCUCUGCUUCCCGAGUCUUCCACGCCUCCGCCGCCGCCUUACUCCCCUAAUGACCCCCAGACCCAGGGGAAACGCCCAGAGCAAUCCGUUAAUUCCAAUUCACCGCACCGAUUGAACUCCGAGCUGCUCUCCGCCGUCCAAGCGUGCCGACCUCACGGAUCCUCCGACGUGUACAGUCGCCCAGAGACAAAUCAAAUUCAAGAAAGCAAGUCUUACUGUGACGAACGCCCAAGUCAUGACCUGGAAUUCGUUGCCACGCUCCCUAGCAGUGGCAUGAACGUCCUCUUCACGAAGUCAGUCACCGAACGAUCUGCCUUCCUCGCGAAAAAUCGCGUAGGAUUCAACCUCUUUGCUUCGAUCCUCCUUGAUUGUGGCACGAUAUUCUCCGUGCGGGCUGACAGCCUGUCCAUCUUCUAUGACCCGGGCGGCAAGACGAUCGCAUUCAACCGCGCGGGCAGUAUUUUCUGCAACUACUUCUACUUCCAGUCUUUACAGGAGCAGGAGCUACUCAAGAGCGCCAGUCCAGAUCGCACUGAUGCUAUUGUAUAUUGGUGGGUGAUUCUGUGCCAUGAGCUGGCACACAACUUGGUCGGGGACCACAGUUCUGCGCAUAGUUACUACACAGAGGGCUUUGUGGCUCAGUAUUUCCCCAAGGUUGCUGUUAAGCUCGCUUCGCUCCGGGUGUCAGCCCCAGCCCCAGCCCCAGCUCCUCAAUCUGGAUAG